UCGCAGUGUUGUUUGUUUACAAAAUGUUUUCCCGGUUUAACGUGCUGUGGUUGCGAAGAUACGCUUUUCCCGAAAAUGUGCGUUAUUACGCUGGGGUACACCAGAAAAACCCUCAGCUCAAACUGGCGACAGCUACGGUGGAAACCAUCAAAGCCAAACUUGCCUCCAGCAGUACACCGACGGCGGAAGAAUGGAAAAGCAUACGGCUGAACAUAUUGAAUGAGCGAAGGUUCAACAUUACGAACGUCGAUAGUGUGGUGCUGGGGCUGUGUCCGAAUCUGCGGAUGGGGAAAUCUUACAUCGCUUUUUUACACCAGCAAGGGUUGCAAACGAACCUGGCCAUCGUUGGGAAGCUACUGCGACUGUACCGGCUGAAGGAGGGAAAGUUAACCGAGGAAGAUGAAAGCGAUAUUUGGCGGAUGUACAGUGAGCUGCGGGAGCAGAAUGCCAUUCUGGACGCGAAUACAUGCGAGCAUGCGAUCAAUGCGCUGACGCUUACCAAGCACUGGAAACAUUGUUUGGAGUUGUUGGAGAUGAUCAAAAUCAGCGGAACGCCGGACAGCUCGUCGUACAACUGUAUCGCUACGAAAGCAUUCCAAUCGGGAGACGAAUCAACUGGUUGGAUUAUGAUGCAAGAAAUGUGCGAAAACAAGCGUUUGCCAAACGAUGAUAGUUUUCUUGCUUGGUUGGAUUACAGUCGCAAGCGAGAGGAUCAACCAUUCUCCGCCAACCUGGAACGGAUGCUGCAGUUCACCAACGAUCGUUCAGUAUUUCUAUCGAAGCGAAUUGGCAAGCAGCUGUUGGAGCUGCCGAGCGAAUUCGGCAUCCGCGUACAGGAGACCCGCAUCACGGACGGCGGGAAGUGCUCCAGCUGCAAGGGAACCCUAUCCAGCAUUGUCGUGUCUGAAGACAUGUUCCAAAGCUUGAGGGACAAGUUUCUGACAGCGGUGCUUAUCAAUAAGGAAAUUUUUAACCGCACCACACCGGAGGAACUGAAUCGCUUCCAGGCGUUUCUUGCGAAAACUCUCCCGUACGACGUAGUGAUCGAUGGGCUGAAUGUGGCUUUCUCGUCGGGCAAUCAGAAAAGCCCUAUCGUGUACGCUCAGCAAGUUGCCGCCGUUGUUCGACACUACGUGCGGCAGAAGAAGCGUGUGCUGGUGAUUGGCAGAAAGCACAUGGACAAGUGGCGCUCGAGGGAGAUGAAGUACAUCCGGGAAAAUAGUUUCCUCUUCCUUACCGAUGAUCUGUCCCAGGACGAUCCCUUCCUGCUGUACGCGGCGCUGGAAAGUGGUCCGAAGACAGACUUCUUCUCGCGGGAUCUGAUGCGAAAGCAUUCGUUUAUGCUGGGCAAUGAGCUGAGCGGGGUAUUCAAACGCUGGCAACAGGAACAUCAGUACUCGCUACUUUCCAUCAUGCCUGACGGGCGGGUGCUGAUAAAAGCACCGUUCAAGUAUGAACUGUACGCGCAUAAGUCCUGUGAUAACCGAUGGCACGUGCCACUAGUUGAGCUAGGAUACCGUAUACCAAAGGUAGAGAAACAAAACGAUUGGCUUUGCCUAAGCAUUGAGUGAACGAUGUGAUUAGAUGGAUUCGAAUAAAACAGGACUAAAUAGUUAUGAAAAGAGAAAA